AUGGCACAGGAAGGGGGUGCUCUCCCUGCCCCCAUCCUCUACCUGAGCCAGACGUCGGCCCAGCUGGGCAACACCGUGCGGGUCAGGUGCUUCAUGUCCUCCUGGCACCUGGCCACUCGCAUCAUCUUCUGCAAGGACGGGGAGGAGGUUUCAUUCCAGACAGGCUCAGAGGAGAAGGCCACCUAUGACUAUGUCCAUGUGGUGUCCAGCAACAGCUCUGGGAAUUACGCCUGUGGGUACGAGAUCACGGACAGCAACAGUCAGGUGAAUGGAUCCCAGCUCAGCACUGCCCAGCGCCUCAGUGUCACUGGCAAUGACUCUAGCAGUGGAGGUACCAGGAUUUCCUCAUCCCCAGGGCUGGAUCUAAAGCUCCUGUUGGGAAUUACAAUCCCCACCUUCCUGGUGCUGGCUGUGGCGCUUUAUCUUCUGGGAAGGAAAGCUGUGUCUCUGCAAUGGGAGCACAGGGAACGCGUCCAGCAUGACACCAGCAGUGCCCUGGAAAAGCAUACGGAGUACACCUCAAAGAAUUGGCCUGGAAAAGUCACGCUUCCGCUCCAGGCAGAAGAGAAUCCGACGUAUAUGAACGUUGCUCUGCAGCGGGGCAGAUAUAAUUAGCGCUCCUCUAUGCGCAGCUGCAUCACAGAACCCCCCCAAAUCAGAGGCAAUUGCAGGGGCCGUGCAGCAAGGAGGUGGGGAACUUUGUCUGUGGCCACAACUGGACAAUUUGCAGCACUCAAUGUGGUUCAGGAAACAAUGUUCCUUCUCAAUAAAAUUUUGUGAAA